AUGCCUGCUGCGGACAAGGCGUGCGUGGUGCCGCCCCGCCCGGUCAGCACACACGGCGGCGGCCUGGGGAUCAAGCGGCAGGCCAGCGGCACGCUGAGCCUGUGCCGAGUGCCCUCCGGGGAGGUCCUCUGCUCGCGGAGCACGGCGACGACAUCGCGUGACGGCGGACCCAGCGACGACUUCCCCGUGGUGGGCUGCGCGGUGCCCUAUGAGGUGGUGCCGAUGUACGGGUCGAUCAUGGACAGCGGGGACGUUUCGUCGAUCUGCUCUUCGGCGUACUCGUUCGCGCCGAUCAAGCCCGCGCUGCGGGACGAGUUCACGGAUCUGGAGGUGCACGAGGUGACCAGGCAGGAGAUGGCCGCAGUCGAGUCGCGCACGUUCUGGACGUCCAACCCGUUCCACCUGGCCACUCCGCGGGAGGAGGACGAAGCCAAGCAGGGGACCACGGAAGGGGCCGGUCGGGAGGAUGCGGCCCAGGCGCAGGCGGCGGAGCGCGCCGGAAGGGAAUUGGCCGCGCUGGCGGCAUCGGGGAGGAAAGGGAGUUUGGGGCUGUCGUCGAAGGAGCUGGCCCUCAGGAGGGGUGCAUCCGUGCCGGCGUUGCCCAGGCAGGCCGUCGAUCAGGUGGCGGAUUUCUUCAACUCAUGCGGCGACGUGCACGCGAUCACGGGCUCGUGUUCCCCGGACGCGGCCGCGGAGUCGGCCAACGACAGCCAGUCCUCCCAGCCAAUCCAGCAGGCGACUCCCGUCAAGGAGGUGCCCAUGGCCGCGGGCCCCAUGAUGACCUUCUGGGACGUGGACUCGCGGGGGUCCGCGGGGCUGAACUUUGUGUUCGUGGACGACGGGUCCGUGCGCGGCGCCGGGAUGUGGCACGACGACGCCGUGACCAGCUCCAGCACCACCCUGGACUCCGCCGUGCUCACCACGGCGGACAUGCAGCUGAUGGUCGCCCAGGCGCUGUCCCCGCGCCCCCAGCAUAGCGCAAAGUGCCCCGACCUGUGGUGCUGCGAGGACGCGGCGUUCGGCGACGGCCAGUGCACCCCCAUGAAGACCGCAGCGGGCCUGUACAACGUCCAGUUCGACUUCGUGAGCAACAGCUUCAGCGCCGACCAGCUGGAGAGCGCGAUGGCCACGCAGCCUGGCGGGCGCUUCGUGCCCCUGGGGGCCGCCCAGCCUAGCGCCACCGAGCUGCUGUCCAAGUUCCUGCGCAGCACAACAACCGACACCGAGCGCCUGCUGGCGGCGACGCGAGUCGGCAUCUCGGAGGAGGAGCAGUCCGUGCGGUUUGUUGAACUCGACUCCUGCGACAACGCAUCGAGGCCUUCGAGCGAUUCCGAGGCGUCCGAGGGUCGAGGGCGCAGCAUGCCCGGCGUUGCGAUCUACAGGAACAAGCUGUUCGACUUCGGCAGGGCGCGUGCCAGGCGUGAGGUGCCGACGAGGGACAACGAGAUGAUCCUCAGGCGGGGGGAGUCGGCGAAGGACCACCCCACCAGCCGGCAGGACGCGGACAAAAAACAGAAGCAGCAGGAAGGGGAUGCAGAUCCCAAGAAGUCGAGCAGAGGGUGCAGCUGCCCGGCCGUGGAGUCGUUUGAUUCGGCCGCCAAGCCGCCGAGGAUGAGAGGGACGUCGACAGACUCCCGGCGGCACGCGCCGAGCUGCGCGGAGAUCGAGCCUGCGGAGGAGGAGAACCACGAGGCGAAGAAGGCGAGGCGGGCGGCGUCCAAGGCGGGGGCCCUUCCAGCCAGAAGUCAGCUGUACGACUCGUCUAGGUCGUGGGUUGGGCUGGCCACGUCGGGCCAGCGGCUCAUCUGUCACACCAACAGGUCGUAUGUGGACGAGGCCUGGCUGGACCGCAAGAAACUGAGGAAGAAGUACGAGCGCCGGCGGCGCCUGUCCGUGGCCAUUGCGAGGGCGCUAGCCAAGCUGCUGACGUGCUUCCAGCCGGGGGUGGAGCAGCGGCAGUGGCCGUAA